AUGGACAACGCCUCGGCUCCGCUCGCCGACUAUUUCUGGGUCGCGGGCAUAGAAACAAUCUCCUACCAGGACUUCCCUCUGCCCUCGACGACGACCCAGGUCGAUACAACCAUUGAGGAAGAUGGCGAGCCCGAAGAAGAGACCGACAAACGCGAUUCCGUCUCCAGCCUGCCGCCCAAAAAUGUUGCUCGCCACUCUCGCCAGAACUCGGGCAACCGCCUCUCCAAGGCGUCUAUACACACCCUGGAGGAGAUGGACGGCAAUACUAGGAGUAAUAGGAGCAGUGCUACCAUCCGUCCCAAUCCUCCCCCCGGUGGAAAUGUGCAAGAGGGUAUGAUGGGAGGUGUCCCCUCCUUCCUGGAGGGCUUCGAUUUCGACAAGGCACUCCUCAAGUUUGCGGCAGAGCGGGAGAACUUCCUGGAGGAUCUGAGCUUUACUGCGGGUGCCAAGACACAGGCAAGACCGCCCAUGGUCAACCCGCGGACAGAACGUAUCAAGGCAGACGAGGCAGCGAGCGGGAGAAUGAGCCCCUUAAAGAACCUCAGGGGCAGCAUCCGGGGCAGUAUACGAAGGAAGAUCAGCUUCAGAGACAUGAACAGUGUGCGGAAAGCACCGACGCCUUCUAAAGCUGCAUCAAUUCGGACGGCAAAGCGGCUCAGUAACUAUAACUCAGUUAUUCCGCCCCCUGAGCCUCUUAAUCUCGACCCUGACAUGCAUCCCCUGAAGCGACGCUUCGAACCCGAACUCCUUGACCGGUAUCCUCCACGGGACGCUACCGACGACCUAGCCCGCCGAGGCAAGUUCCCGGACUAUGUUCCCAUGUUCGCUUUUCCAAACGACAUCCAGAUCGUAUCGUCCGAUGAGCGGCCGAGAUCUACAUGGCAUGGCUUCACCAUGACUUCUGACGACAACUCUAAGAUUUAUGGCGUCACCAUCAUUGUCUGGACUGCGCUUGCAGCAGAUGUAGCAGAGAACAUCGAGAGAAGAUGUGAGCGUUGGAGGCAGAGUCAUAUGACCGAGGAAGAGCGAGAACUUGCGACCAGCCUGGGCUCCAGGCUCGCUGCCCAGCGGGCGCACUUAUCGCAGCUGCUAGCAAAGCUGCCAACAGUCCCCUCGGGAUCUGCCGCGCGCGACACCCUAGAUGACCAGAUCAGCACUGUGGAGGAGAAGAUCAGCCUGAUGACGGAAAUGCUCAGACCAUUGAGACACGGCGCAGCAUCCAAGAUUGACGGGCUGACGGCUGGUGAGAGUGGACUGUGGAUUCCGCGGGCAUUUGGUAUUCUCGGAAGAGAUCCUACCCGCUUGACCUUCUGGAAGGACUGGCUGAGGGCUGUUGUUGUCCCCAUGACCGAUGGUGGUAUUCUACGUGUUCCCCCGACCUCUCCUCGGGUCGGGCGGUGGCAGCCACUGGAGCGUUAUGUCGUCAACCUCUGCGCUGAAGCAUUCAGUCCUCUUAGCUCGAAGACGCAGGUUGAGAUUGGUGUUCGAGAACUACGCUUAUACGCUCGGAAAGAGGCUGAAAAUGAGCUUCCAGGUGCCCGCAACACGGACAUCUUUGCCCUCUUCAGGUCAUUGUCGUUGGAGAACAUUGUCGCCUUGUUUGAGUACACACUCGCUGAGUCGCGCAUCAUCUUCUUGUCUUCCCAUACGGCUAUGCUUCACCUUGCGUGCCAUGCUUUGGUCAGCCUCUUGUACCCGCUGAAGUGGGCGAGCAUCUUUAUCCCUGUUCUGCCCGCAAGACUACUUUCCGCACUGGACGCACCAUGCCCAUACAUUGUCGGCAUUGAGCGAAGAUACGACAACAUUGAGUUGCCAGAGGACGACUACGUGUUGGUCGAUCUCGAUAAGGAUACCAUUGACGCGACGGCCCAGCCUGUCCGUCUUCCGAAGCAGCAUCGACGCAAGCUCAUGUCGUUGCUACAAAUCGCUGCACCUCAUGCGUUACGCUACGGUGUCCCUACUGGACCCCCUCCACAUGCAAUGGAGUCUUUCCCAUACGACUCAUUUUCUGUCGAAAACCCGGCCAUCUUCACGGAGCGGACUAUGCCCAGCGCAUUGGGAAAGUGGGUGGCCCAGAAUUCUUCAACAUUUGGGGAGCCCGAUACGGCAGAGACGCCGAAAUCCCCUAUUUUCAACGCUUUCGCCCAUGCAAAGCCUGGUACGGCAGAGCGUCCCACUACCAGCAAGUCGAACAAGACCAGCCCUCCAGGCUCUGUCUCCCCGACCUCAAUCAACUUUCCGUCCAUGCCUGCUACGCCAAUCUCUCGAAGUGACUCCGGCUUUGCAUUGAAUGCCACACUUCGUGAGAAACGUUCGGCCAAUUUCGAGACAAAGGAACGGAGGAGCUCGUCGUUCGGUCAAGGGCCGGUACACCGACCCAAUAUGCCUUUCCUCAACGGACAUCAGGCCAACCUAUCUAUCUCGGCUAUAUCGAUCGAUUCAAAGUCGUCUUACGGUGGAUAUGCUCCUUCAACGUACGCGCAGUCUACUAUAGCCGCGUCAACGAUUAUGCCGAACAUGCUUAUCCAGCCCGUGAAAAAUACCGAAACUACGGUUUGGGUAGAGGGACACUGCUUCAACUUCAGUACCAAUGACAACAUCUCACUAUGCUCGAUUUGUGACGAGCGAGCUGAGGGUGACGGCAUCUACAAGUGCUCCGGCUGUAGUGCAGUCUCGCACGGACGCUGCCUAGGCUGUGUUUGCCUAUUGUGUCCUGCUUCCUUCAGUGGCGAGAAGGUACGGGCCUCGUUUGUUCGAUUUUUCGCCAGUAUGCUUUAUACAUACCGGAAGUACAUGGGACGCCCAACCAAGAACCAGAAGAGCAAUGGUCAGAUGUACGCAUUUGACAUGAAUGGGUUCAUCAAAAGCUUGCCGUACGAUCAGCAGGAGUAUGCUACCCUGUUGAGGGACACGCAAGCUUUCAAUGAGUUCAUUCAUGAGAGGGAAACGCAACCUGCAUCCACGCCGUCAAUUCGACUCUUUGACGAGAUCAUACUUGCCAAGCGAGCCCGUGGGAAGACUGGAUUUUCCGGGUUAUCCCGGCUGUCUACCAUCCGAGCAUCACAUGGAGUCUCGGCUGGGAGCCAGUAUCCUUCCAAACCCGUCAAACCUCAGGGCUAUCUCAACGACACAAGUGAUCACAUCUGGAGAACAGCCUCUGUACCAGUACCAAAUGCGAAAUUUGCCGGAGACUAUCGAGAAGUCACAACGCGAAUUCCUUUGAAGCUGGAUACAUCAUUAAUGAAGGAGCCUCGGGCGAUUGCAGGAGUGCCCCGGCCUGAGCAACGCAAGAAAGGCUUCUUGAGAAAACAAGUACCCAGCAUGAUGUUGGGGUCGCCCGUCUCACCCGUCUCGCCCGGCGGCUCCGGUUGA